UCCAACGAUCAACACACUCGAUAACUUGGAGCACAUGGAGAUGAAUGCGUGGAGUGGAUUUAUCGUCAGUCUGCUGUACUUGGCUCUGCUGCUGCCAGCGCUGGAAGGAGUGGCCCCGAUUGCUGCUGUCACCGAUCCUCGUCCAGUUCGAUCAACCUUCUCCCGAUCGCUCGAUGUGCUCCGUGUACGAGGUAAUCAGUUCGUGCGCGGUAUCCCGUGCGGUGUGGCUUGUGAGUUCUGUGGCUGCGAAGGAACGUACAUAAGCGAGAAGUGUGUUUGCUUCUGUCCGGAUGACGACGAGCAAAACACGGAAUGUCUGACGGCGAUACGGAAGGAUGAGCUAAGGGCGGGAAUCGAUAAUGACAUCCUUAUCCUGUCCCGUGGUGGUGCCCGGUUUGCGCGCGAUGUCCGGUUACAGGCGCCGCUUAGGGCUCGGAUGGGCCGUGGUGCGUCUGUAUCAUGGAAGGGGAGCAGCAGAGCUCGACCAGUGAACGCUGGAAGUGUGAAAAUAAAGCUUGGCCAAAUGAUGGACAGUUAG